UACCCAAUUUCUUUUCCUUUCUCUUCCGCCCUAUGCACACGUGAACACCACUUUGUAAUACCAUUUCCAACUUCACCAUUACCAAAACAAAUUGGCGCCACAACCUUAAGCUACACCGUACCUUUCACCGGACGGCAUGCCGUUCCUCAGGCUACGUCAGCUCCAUCCGGUUCUUCUUUUUCUUCUUCUUAUCUUCCUCUGUCUACUCUCUCCCUCCACGUCAAACGAGCUCGACCAACUUUUGAAGCUCAAAGCCUCACUUGAAACUUCAAACCCGACUCUGUUCAGUUCUUGGAAGCAAGAACUUCCCACAUGCAACUUCACUGGGAUUGUCUGCAACUCAAAUGGUCUGGUCUCUGAAAUCAAUCUCUAUCACCAGAACCUCUCUGGCUCUCUUCCUUUCGACACAAUAUGUUUGCUUCCUGAACUAGAAAAGCUUUCUUUCGGUUCAAAUUUCCUACACGGAAGCAUAACAGAGGAUUUGAAGAAAUGUACUAAUUUGCAUGAACUUGAUUUGGCCAAGAAUUCUUUCACAGGAGAAGUUCCUGACUUGGGGUCUUUGAGUCAGCUGAGGCUGUUGAGUUUAAACGGAAGUGGGGUUUCUGGGCUUUUUCCAUGGAAGUCACUGGAGAAUCUGACGGAGUUGGCUUUUCUGAGCCUUGGUGAUAACAGAUUCGAUGAGAGUCCGAUUACAAUGGAGUUGUCAAAGCUUGACAAGCUUUACUGGCUUUACCUUUCAAACUGUAGCAUCACAGGUGAAAUCCCAGAGGGUAUUGGAAACCUGACUCUGCUUGAGAAUCUGGAGCUUUCUGAUAACAAAUUGGUUGGCACAAUUCCUCAGGGUAUUACAAAUCUCAACAAGCUCUGGCAACUUGAGCUUUAUGGUAAUUCUCUGACUGGGAAAAUCCCAGUUGGGUUUGGCAACCUCACAAGCCUCAGGAACUUUGAUGUUUCGAGUAACAAGCUUGAGGGCGAUCUCUCUGAGCUCAAGUCUUUGACAGGGCUUGUGUCUCUGCAACUGUUCGAGAAUCAAUUAGUUGGCGAAAUUCCGGAGGAUUUUGGAGAGUUGAAGAACCUUGUUGAGCUCUCGCUUUACACAAACAAGCUCACUGGCUCUCUUCCUCAGAAGCUUGGUUCUUGGUCUGGCAUGGAGUACAUUGAUGUUUCAGAGAACUAUUUGACUGGUCCUAUACCCCCUGGGAUGUGCAAGAAUGAGAGAAUGAUUGAUUUUCUUCUGCUGCAGAACAAUUUUACAGGUGGGAUUCCUGAAUCCUAUGCAAAUUGCAAGUCUUUGGUUCGGUUACGUGUGAAUAACAAUUCUCUUUCUGGUAAUGUCCCUGCUGGAAUAUGGAGCUUGCCAAAUGUUACUAUUAUUGAUCUCUCUAUGAAUCAGUUUGAAGGUUCUCUGGCUUCAGAUGUUGGUAAGGCAAAUUCUCUAGCAUUAUUACUAUUAGCUAAUAAUCGAUUUUCGGGUGAAUUGCCUGCUGCUUUGUCUGAAGCUACUUCAUUAGUUACAAUUCAGUUGAACGUGAACCAAUUUGAGGGUCAUAUCCCUGAAACAAUUGGGAACUUGAAGAAUCUAGGCAAUCUUCAUUUAGAGCAAAAUAAGUUGUCUGGUGUCAUACCAGACUCAAUAGGCUCAUGUGUUAGGCUUUCUGAAAUCAACCUUGCCCAUAACAUUCUUUCUGGCCAAAUUCCACCAAGUCUUGGAUCAUUGCCUAAUUUGAACUCCUUGAACUUGUCUGGGAACCAGCUUUCUAGUGAAGUUCCUGCUACUUUGUCAUCCCUCAAACUCAGCCUUCUUGAUCUUACAAACAACCAGUUGACUGGCCGCGUGCCCGAGUCACUAUCAAUUGCAGCUUUUAAUGAAAGCUUUGUUGGAAAUCCUGGUUUGUGCAGUCAGACCAUGAAAAAUUUGCGGCCUUGUUCUUCAAGUUCGGGCUCUCCUAGCCACCCACGGAUAUUUUUGUCUUCUUUUAUUGCUGGAGUACUAGUUCUGCUUAUUUUGCUUGGUGUGUUCUUGCUUUGGAAGCUAAGGCGGAGCGAUCUUGAUCAACCAUUGAAGAGUAAUUCAUGGACUAUGAAGCAGUACCAUGUGCUUAGCUUCACAGAGAAUGAGAUCCUAGACUCAAUCAAAGCUGAAAAUUUGAUUGGUAAAGGAGGGUCAGGAAAUGUGUACAAAGUACAGCUGAGGGAUGGGAAAGCACUGGCAGUGAAGCACAUUUGGACAUCAGCAGACUCCGCAAACCAGAAAACAUAUCGAAGCACUACAUCUAUUUUGAAGAAAUCCAAAUCCAGCUCGUCGGAAUAUGAUGCCGAGGUGGCCACACUGAGCUCAUUGAGGCAUGUGAAUGUGGUGAAGCUAUACUGCAGCAUAAGUAGUGAGGACAGCAAUCUGUUGGUUUACGAGUACUUUCCGAAUGGGAGCUUAUGGGAUCAGCUGCAUUUAAAUAAGAAGGUCAAGAUGGGGUGGGAGGUGAGGUAUGAGAUUGCUGUGGGGGCUGCAAAAGGAUUGGAGUAUCUUCAUCAUGGUAAUCACAGACCUGUAAUACACAGAGAUGUGAAGUCUAGUAAUAUUCUGCUAGAUGGAGAUUGGAAGCCUAGAAUUGCUGAUUUUGGGCUUGCAAAGAUUGUGCAGACUGGUGGUGAAAUGACUCAUGUCAUUGCUGGCACACAUGGCUACAUAGCUCCUGAGUAUGCAUAUACCUACAAGGUAAAUGAGAAGAGUGAUGUGUAUAGCUUCGGGGUGGUCUUGAUGGAGUUGGUGACAGGAAAGAGACCAGUGGAGCCUGAAUUUGGAGAAAACAAGGACAUAGUGAGCUGGGUUUGCAGCAAAAUGACUUGUAAAGAUACUGAGGUUGAAUUGGUGGACUCGAGCAUCGAAGAGGCACUACAAGAAGAUGCCCUCAAUGUUUUGAGCAUUGCAAUUCGCUGCACCGCAAGGGUUCCGGUUCUUAGACCCUCGAUGAGAAUGGUGGUUCAAAUGCUGGAAGAGGCACAACCUUGUCAGCUCACCAGCAUAAGCAUCACCAAGGAAGGUGAAAAUAACCCAAAAUUGGAGCAGAAUUUCCACUCAAAAAUGACAAGGUUACUGACCUUGAGACUUUCCCCGAUUUCCAUUUCUUGCCCUUCUCUCCUUCCCUUAAUCUCAUCUCCUUCCUCCCUCUCCUUCUCCACCAAGCUCACUACCUCAGGCAAGAGUAAUCUGAUUCUACGUGGCUGCAAGAUGGAGACGAAGCUUCGAGAUUCGAUGGAAUCGGAGAAGGACUUGUUGCCGGAGUUCAACCGGAGCCUGUAUCCGAGCAUAGAGCCUUACAGCUCCGGCUCGCUCAAGGUCUCCGAUCUUCACUCUAUCUACUGGGAGCAGUCUGGAAACCCCGCCGGCAAUCCUGUUAUAUUUCUCCAUGGGGGUCCGGGAGGUGGAACUUCCCCAAAUAAUCGAAGAUUCUUUGAUCCUGAGUUCUACAGAAUCAUCCUAUUUGAUCAGCGAGGUGCAGGGAAAAGUACUCCACAUGCUUGCUUGGAAGAAAAUACCACAUGGGAUCUAAUUGGUGACAUUGAAAAGCUCAGAGAACACUUGCAAAUUCCAGAAUGGCAGGUUUUUGGUGGGUCUUGGGGGAGUACACUUGCCCUGGCAUAUAGUCAAUCACACCCUGAUAAGGUUACUGGCAUGGUCCUGAGAGGGAUUUUUCUUUUAAGAAAGAAAGAGAUUGAUUGGUUUUAUGAGGGUGGUGCUGCUGCCAUAUACCCUGAUGCCUGGGAGCAAUUUCGUGACCUCAUUCCAGAAAAUGAGCGAGGAAGUUUUGUUGAUGCUUAUAGGAAGAGAUUAAACUCCGAUGAUAAGGAAGUACAAUAUGCAGCUGCUAGAGCGUGGACCAUGUGGGAAAUGAUGACUGCCCAUCUCCUUCCUAAUAAUGAAAACAUCAAGAAGGGGGAAGAUGAUAGUUUUGCUUUGGCAUUUGCAAGGAUUGAAAAUCAUUACUUUGUGAACAGAGGAUUCUUUCCUUCAGAUGCCUUCCUCUUAGAUAACAUUGAAAAGAUAAGGCAUAUAAAAACUACAAUCGUACAGGGACGAUAUGAUGUUUGCUGUCCAAUGGUGUCGGCAUGGGAUCUUCAUAAAGCAUGGCCAGAAGCUGAUCUCAAGGUAAUUCAAGAUGCAGGGCAUUCUGCUAAUGAACCGGGAAUAGCUGCAGAGCUUGUGGCUGCAAAUGAGAAGCUGAAACACAUAAAACUUGGAGCAUAGGAUAUAGUAACUAUCUUCUCUUUGCGGACUAGUCCUGAUUUCAACAACAAAAAACAAUCAAAUUGCGAAUAGUUUAGCUCAAGUUCAAUGCUUGUAGAGUGU